UGAACGAAUUAAUGAGACUGACGGUUACUCUGCUUCUCCUCAUCUUUUCCGUAAAACAAUCCUCUCCUGUUCAUCCAGGAACUGGAACAUUUCUCGAGGAUUCUAAAACUAAUCUUAUAUUUGAGGGAAGUCAGGUGACUAAUCUGACUGCUCACCAAGGAACUACUGCUUUACUCAGUUGCAAAAUUAAAAAUAAUUUCCAAAAUAAUCCAGUAUCAUGGAUACGAUUGAGGGACUGGCAUAUUCUUUCUACAGGACCCAGCACAUAUACAAAGGAUGAAAGAUUCUCAGUGAGGCAGGCUACAGCUCAUGAUUGGAGUCUAGGAAUUCAAUACGUGAACAAGAAUGACGAGGGAGUUUAUUCAUGUCAGGUUUCCACGUCUAAGGGGAGUAUAUCACAUUUCUAUAAUCUGAAGGUUAUAGUUCCCCGCGCUUAUAUACUAGGCAGUGAAGAAUACUAUGCUCAAACUGGGACAGCAAUAUCUCUCGUCUGCAUUAUAGAAGAUACCUUGGAGCCACCGCAGUUUGUUUUCUGGUAUCACAAUAAUAAGAUUAUUUCUUAUGAUACAAGACGAACAAAAGUAUCAUUCGAUUCAGGGAGUAGAACUAAGAAGACCAGUACUCGGUUAUUGAUCAGCAGUGCCCUACUGGAGGAUGGUGGAAACUAUACUUGUGGAAGCGCAAACGCUGAAAAAGGGAUGGUUACGGUAUAUGUCUCAGAUGGAGAGAUGAGAAUGCAUGUUCGGAACGGAGCUAGACUACUUUAUCUUUCCAUUCCAAUCUUUUUUCUUCUUCUGAUUUUCGAUUUUUUUUGUAGAUCUUUCUGUUUCAAAGCAAACAAUUGAAUGUUUCAUUUCCAUUCCUUCAAGAAUCAAGAAAUCCAACAAGGUCCCCCAUCCCAUCAUUUUCUGGAUCUUCCGGACGUCAUUUUUACCUAUAACCUUUAUAAAGCUUUUCCUAACUGAGGGAAAUUCUUCAUCUUUUACUUUAAAAAGCAAAGGAUUCAAUAUUAAGGACCAAAAGGAUUGUUUACCAUGUUUCAAAAUACCAAUAAUUUUAACGAGAAUCACCACUAAAAGAUGUUCCUGAUGGCCAGGAAUGUUCAAGUUUGUAUGUCAAAUGCGUAUUAAAAAAAUUCAGGUUUAAAAUAAAGGA